ACAUUUACAUCUCGAACUCGGCGGUUGCGUAGCGCGUCGAUCGCUUCAACAGAAUUUCAAAUUCGGGACCCGCGCGUUCGUGCUAAAAUUGAUUUGACCCUGUUUUUAAAAUCAAUUCGAGAAAAGAAACACAGUUCUCCAUAAGCUAAUAGUAGUUGCGGAUUAAAGAAAUCAGUAAAGUUCUAGUGCCUUGUUCUCGGAAAGUUGCUAACACCCAUACCACGGCAAAUAGCUGAAGCAGCGGGGACGCACACAAGCGCGCCUUUUUGUUAGUGUGCGUGUAACCACUUUUUACCUGGUCUUACCUGUUUGCUGAGCGAGUGAAAAAGCCAAAGAAGGAGAGUCCCAAAGCGGACGGGCCAAAGAUAAAAGUGAACAAAUCAGCAGCUGCUCAAAUCGGAAAUACCGUCGUCGUCGCUACACUUCUGGCGCGCACUGUACGCCGUGAUCAUACCGCCGUGGUGCAUCGAUUCAAAGCUUCGAUUCCCCCUCCCCCCGUUCGUUGAUAAUAAUUAUUGUUAGGCAGGCGGUUGCCAUGAAAAUGCAGUCCAAACAAACGGCGCAGCGUCGACGUCAGCGCUAGCUAGUCAGUCCCACGCAUACAGGCACAGUUGGAAACAAACAAAAGGGGAAAUUGUGAAAAUAGCAGGGCAGAACCCACCAAACACAGAGCCCACUGAACGAAUCCAAAGGUGUAUGCUGGAGUCGCGCCGUUGUGCCGGUGUGUGAGAGUGAGUGAUUUCUGAUAAUACUGGGUGAAUCACUGGGAAGUGCUAGUGCUCAAGAUUGUUACACCGGAGAUGGCGGAUGGCUGGUAAAUGAAAUGUCCACAACCGCCCAACGACUCGCCAGCGACUGCAUAAGAAUGUCUGCGAAUCAACAACAGACCGGACCCCAUCCGGACCAGGAUCUUAAUCCCGCCCAGCAACAGACGCACCAGCAGCACAAACGAAAGUGCCGAGAUUGGAGUAAUGGCCACAUGCCCACGAGACUUCUUCUCCUGGCCGCUCUCGUGACCGCUCUCACGCCCGCCCUCGCAUUCCACAAUGCCCCUGCCGAUAAUCACAAGCCCGCCUUCAAGAACUGCGCCGGCUAUGCGCCCAAGGUGAAGGAGGAACAGCCGGAGAACACGUACGUGUUCAGGGUGGAGGCGGUCGAUCCAGAUCCCGACCAAGAGAUCCGCUACAGCAUCGUCCAGGCACCCGUCGAACGCUCCAAGUUCUUCAUAAACCCCACCUCGGGUGUAAUCGUCACUGCCCACACCUUUGACCGCGACGAACCGAUCCACGAAAAGUUCGUAUUCGUUACCGUCCAGGCCACGGAUAAUGGCCUUCCCGCUCUCGACGACGUUUGCACCUUCAACGUCACCAUCGAGGACAUCAACGACAAUGCCCCGGUCUUCAACAAGGCUCGCUACGACGAGUCCAUCUCGGAAAAUGCCCAGCCCGACGCCGUGGUGAUGUCUAUCAGCGCCAGCGACUUUGACGAUGGCAACAACAGCAUUGUCGAGUACGAGAUACUGCGCGAGCGCGACUUCCAGUACUUCAAGAUCGACAAGGAGUCCGGAAUCAUAUACCUGAAUCGACCAAUCGACAAGAGACCAGGGCAGUCUUACGCUAUAAUCGUACGUGCCUAUAAUAUAGUGCCUGAUCUGCCGCAGGAGGCGCAGAUCGAAGUGCGUAUCCGCGUGGUGGAGUCCUCGAACAAGCCCCCCUCGUUCGUGGAUCCCUACGAUGUUCCGAUUUAUCUGAAGGAGAACUUUAAGAACUUUUCGCAUCCCAUCGUUACACUGCAAGCUGUGUCCAAUAUGCCCGAGAACCCGGAGGUGAUCUUCGAGCUGAUCACCGGCCGGACGGAGCAGACGAACGGCAAGAACACGUUCGUGUUCGACCAGAUUGGGAACGAGGUGACCAUCAGUCUGGGCAAGCACCUGGACUACGAGGCCAUCACCGACUACACACUGACGAUGAGUGUGCGGAACACCCACGAGCUGGCCGCCGAGCACCAGAUUAAGAUCAAGGUGGAGGACGUCAACGACAACAUUCCCUACUUCACGGAGGUCAAGUCGGGCACUAUUCUGGAGAACGAACCGGCCGGCACGCCCGUCAUGCAGGUGCGCGCCUUCGACAUGGACGGCACGCCGGCCAACAACAUCGUCUCCUUCGAGCUGGCCGACAACCGGGAGUACUUCACCAUCGAUCCCAAUACGGGCAACAUCACGGCACUGACCACCUUCGAUCGGGAGGAGCGCGACUUCUACAACGUCAAGGUGAUAGCCAGCGACAACUCGCCGUCCAGCCUGUUCGACAACGGGGAGCCGAACCGGGGUCAUCAGGUGUUCCGCAUCUCCAUCGGCGACAAGAACGACCACAAGCCGUACUUCCAGCAGACCAUGUACCUGGCGGACAAGCUGCUCGAGGACGCCAACACCAACUUUGAGGUGAUCGAAGUGAAGGCCGAGGACAAGGACAACGCCGCUCAGAUCCUCUACAGCAUCGAGAGCGGCAACAUAGACGACGCCUUCAAAAUCGGCCUCAAGACCGGCAAAAUCACGGUGAACAAGCGGUUGGACUACGAGACCAUCACGGAGUACGAGCUGAAGGUCCGGGCCUUCGACGGCAUCUACGAUGACUACACCACAGUGGUCAUCAAGAUCGCCGACGUGAACGACAACCCGCCCGUGUUCAAGCAGGCCUACAGCGUCACCAUCAUGGAGGAGACCAUGUACGACGACUGCAUCCUCACCGUGGAGGCGUACGAUCCGGACAUCAAGGACCGCAAUGCCGACCAGCACAUCGUCUACUCGAUCGUGAAGAACGACGAGAAGCGGUUCAGCAUCGACAACAACGGCUGCCUGCGGCUGGUCAAGACCCUGGACCGAGAUCCACCGAAUGGCCACAAGAACUGGCAGGUCCUGAUCCAGGCCAACGACGAGGACGGAGUAGGCACCACGCUCAAGAAGGUGCAGGAGGUCACCAUCACGCUGAAAGACAUCAACGACAACGCCCCGUUCCUCAUCAACGAGAUGCCGGUCUUCUGGCAGGAGGGUCGCAGUCCCGGCAACAUCGUCAAGCUGCAGGCCACCGACUACGACGACACUCCCGGGGCGGGUGACUUCACCUUCGGCAUCGACAGCGAGGCGUCCUCGGACAUCAAGAGCAAGUUUAGCAUCAACGACGAUUACCUGCACGCCAACGUCGAGUUCGAUCGCGAGCAGCAGAAGGAGUACUUCAUCCCGAUCCGGAUCAGCGACUCGGGAGUGCCGCGCCAGAGCGCAGUGAGCAUCCUGCACGUGGUGAUUGGCGACAUCAACGACAACGCCAUGAGCGAGGGCUCCUCCACCAUUUUCGUGUACAACUUCCGCGGGGAAGCCCCGGAGACGGACAUCGGACGCGUUUUCGUCGAGGAUCUGGACGACUGGGACCUGGAGGACAAGGAGUUCAGGUGGAAGAACGAUGUCAGGCACGAGAACUUCCGGCUGAAUCCCAACACCGGCAUGAUCACCAUGCUGAAGCACACCGAGGAGGGCGAGUACGCGCUCCUGUUUUCGGUCACCGAAUCCUCGGCCGCCAUCAUCACCCACUCGGUGGACGCCAAUGUCACGGUGGUGAUCCGCGAGCUGCCCGAGGAGGCGGUGGACAAGAGCGGCAGCAUUCGCUUCAUCAACGUAACCAAGGAGGAAUUCAUCAGUGUGCCGCGCGACAGCCAGGACCAUGCGCUCUCCCUGAAGGAUCAGCUCCAGCUCUCGCUGGCCAAGCUGUUCAACACCUCGGUGGCCAACGUGGACGUGUUCACGGUGCUCCAGAACGAGAACAACACCCUGGAUGUGCGCUACUCCGCCCACGGGUCGCCCUACUACGCUCCCGAGAAGCUGAACGGCAUGGUGGCCCAGAACCAGCAGCGCCUGGAGAACGAGCUGGGCCUCCAGAUGCUGAUGAUCAACAUCGACGAGUGCCUGAUCGAGAAGCUCAAGUGCGAGAGCUCGUGCACCAACGAGCUCCACAAGAGCUCGGUGCCCUACAUGAUCUACUCCAACAUCACCUCCUUUGUGGGCGUGAACGCCUUCGUCCAGGCCCAGUGUGUUUGCGAGGCGCCCCCGAUGACCCCGUGCCUCAACGGUGGAUCUCCUCGGUUCGGGGAGAACGACGUGUGCGACUGCAUCGACGGAUUCACGGGACCCCACUGCGAGCUCGUCUCCGUGGCCUUCUACGGCAGCGGCUACGCCUUCUACGAGCCCUUCUCCGCCUGCGACAACACACGCAUCAGCCUGGAGAUCACGCCCCAGAUCGACCAGGGCCUGAUCAUGUACUUCGGCCCGCUCAACUACAAUCCCCUGCUGCCGCUGUCCGACUUCCUGGCCCUCGAACUGGACCAGGGCUACCCGGUGCUGACCGUGGACUACGGCUCGGGAGGAACGCGCAUCCGGCACCAGCACAUCAAGAUCGUGCCCGACCGCACCUACCAGAUCGACAUCAUCCUGCAGCGCGCCAGCAUCGAGAUGACCGUCGACAACUGCCAGCUGUCCACCUGCAUGAGCCUGGGAGCGCCGCAGGGACCCAACGAGUUCCUCAACGUGAACGCUCCGCUGCAGCUGGGCGGCAGUGCCGUCGAGCUGGAGCAGUUGGGCCGGCAGCUGAACUGGACCCACGUGCCUGGCCAGAAGGGAUUCUUCGGGUGCGUCCGCAACCUGACCAUCAACGAGCACACCUACAACCUGGGCAUGCCCUCCUACUUCCGGAACAUCGACAGCGGCUGCCAGCAGUCCGUGGCGGUGGCCUUCAGCUUCGGCAUCGACAGGAACUUCAUCAUUGCCAUCAUCGCGUGCCUGGCGCUGCUGAUGAUCAUCCUGCUGGCCGUGGUCGUGCAGAAGAAGCAGAAGAACGGCUGGCACGAGAAGGACAUGGACGACAUCCGGGAAACGAUCAUCAACUACGAGGACGAGGGCGGCGGCGAGCGCGACACCGACUACGACCUGAACGUGCUGCGCAGCCAGCCCUUCUACGAGGAGAAGCUCUACAAGGACCCACAUGCCCUGCAGGCGGGCAUGCGCGAUCUCAACGACAUCCCGGACAUCGGCGACUUCCUGGGCGACAAGAAGGAGACCUGCGACCGGGACGCAAGCGCCUUCACCGUGGACGAUGUGCGUCACUAUGCGUACGAGGGCGACGGCAACUCGGACGGCAGCCUCUCCAGCCUGGCGUCCUGCACCGACGACGGCGAUCUCAACUUCGACUACCUGUCCAACUUUGGGCCGCGCUUCCGCAAGCUGGCCGACAUGUACGGCGAGGAGCCCUCGGACACCGACUCCAAUGUGGACGACGACCAGGGCUGGCGCAUCUAGACGUGAAGGCGUCUAAGUGACGAUGACAUGGUAAUUGAAAAGACUUUUUAUGUGGUAAGAUUGGUGGUACGGAUGUCCGGCCUAGCCGGGCCCCCAGGUCGUGUCGGGAGAUAUAUGUAUUUCUAUAUGGGUUAACUGUACAUUAUAGUAGAUACGAGUAUAUUUUACGGAGGAGCUAUGCAAGGGCCCAGGGGAACACGUUUUUGUUGUUUGUUUUGUAAAUGCAAAAAGUGAUCUUGAUCUUACGUAAACGAACUAUACAAACUAAGGCUAGCACUAAUAUUAGCCACUAGCUAAGCAACUGCGAACAAAACACGAUUAUCUGCAAACUGUUAUUGCUUCGAAAACACACACAACUAGGGUAUUAAUUAAAUUCGAAUUUCCACAAAAAAAAAAA